GAUAAUUAUUAUAACAAAGCUCUUCUGUUGUGUCCUGGUGAGCAAGAAGCUGAUUUGUGCUGAGCGUUUGUUAUCUUUACAGCGCUACCACUCCGCCUACUCGCCAUACCACGCAUGGAUAUACUACCGUCAAUUCGACUCACCAUUGCAGUGUAAACAUUGCAGUGUUGCCGGCAAGUGUCACAACGGGAGGGAUCACAGGCGCUGGACGUCUGGGCCCAGAAAGGCUCGGAUGGAGGCGAAUGUGAUGAUGUCGAUCAAGAUUGUCGUCCAGGUUUUGCUCGCCCUCCUGCCGGCAGUGCGUCACGCUAUUGGCGCGUUGCCCGUGAUGACAUCUCGCGGGCAUUCUCUCACCGGAGCAUCUUACUUGGCCUACUACGCAACCGGACAAGCUACCAUCCAGAUUGGUGUCCAGAGUUUGCCUUCCUGCUCUGCCUCUCUUGGGCCUGGUGGAUACCUGGCCAUCGUCAAUCGCCGAACCGGACGGGCUGUUGCAAAUACCAGCUACACAUCCAGCGGGAUGAUGAACGGAUCACAGGUGCAGACCAAUGUCAGUUGGGACUUGCUUGUGCAUCCAAUAUUGGAUGGGUCAUACGCAGGAACGUACGUCUGCGUUGCCGGAAAGAACGAAUCUCACGAACUCUAUCAGCUGAACAUUGUCGCCACGCUUCAGAGCCUGGCACCUACCAGCGCAGACCUGAUAGUCUCCUACUCCAGGCGACUGCAGGACGUGGAGUGCGCAGCUCGCGGGUCCACUGCGUUGGCGGCGUCGUGGAGUAUGAACUACUCGGGCCACACCACACACACCAGCAUGGAUCCGGUGACGGGAACCUACACGGCUAGGGCCAUGCUGUUGUUCGUCUCGGCCGAGGUGGCCGACUGGGCAGAUGCCGAUGGCAACGCAACAUCAGCCGAAUCGGACGUGUUUAUCUCUGCCGUGUGCACAACGUUCUACGAGACGUUCACCUGCUCCCCGGGCCUGGUCCCUGCAGUUGUGGCGAACUGUGAUGCUGUGCCACGGAGCAGCAAAACCUUGCUGACAAUCCAAAUCACCGGUAUUGGGUGCUCCGGUCCACCUCUACACAGCAACAUUGCUAACGCAUCGACAUGGACUCCGGCGCGUAUCGGUGAGGUGCGUAACACCUCUUGCCCUCCAGGGUAUCGACAGGUCGGGAACAUCAGCACCACCGCAUGCGUGCACGUCGACACCUGGCUCCCUCUUCCGCAGUGUGUUGACAUAAACGAGUGCUUGUCAAGCCCAUGCCCAUCGACAACGAGCGUGUGUCGUAACACGGCCGGAUCUUAUCUAUGCCUGUGUGCACAGGCCCUUCACUCUGGACAAUCUGCAACCGACGCAACUGCACCCUCUGACACUGCUGUCACUGUCCCCAGUGCUUGCAGCGUGACUCUGUACUUCGCCUCGGCGGCUGGAGGCUUUGCACUGGGAAUCAUCACCAUCCUGAUUAUCAUGCUACCGGUCAUGAACAGCUUGCAUGCGGCGUCCAUCAAAACACUACAGGACGCUCAGCCAUUGCAGGAGGAACAGAAGGUAGAGAGGGCACAGGUGGCCGCGGACACGGAGACCUCCAAUCCCGCCUACGCCCUCAUGCGAUGGAUCCGAGUGUCCAAACGGAAGAAUGCGUACAGGAUGAGCACGAUCGAGUGCACAGAGGUGCCCGGCGUGAAUACGAUGCCAGCAAGACCGCCGGCCAACGUUCCUGAGGACUAUCUCUCACUCUUCUGAUCUGCCCAUUGCAGUGGAACAACCCCUCCUUUAAAAAAAACCCUCAGGUGGUCAGAGUUUUGCCCGCGUUCGGCGGGGUUGGCUUCGUAACUUCUCAGGUCGCUUUUUCGUACACUUUCCAUGUAGGCAAGACACAAAGAGCCUUUGUUCUCUCACUUGUUCUAUGCAGUGUGGCAUUCGUUCUAUAGAUUGUACUAUUUUACAUGUAUGACCUCGUACCAUGAAAAUAGAAAGCAUUUGUCUAUGCUUCCUGACAAUCACUUUAUGCAGUUGGGCCGCCUGUGUAUUGCGGCUGAUGAUGUGAUGCUGGUGGAUUUGGGCAUUGCAUUUACCGGUAGCCUUAGGUACCGGUAACUGUUUUCACGCUCACUGUCUUCAUCUAUGCAGUCAUGCACAUAUAGUUGUAUAAGAAUUGGUAUUCGUUUGCAAUAGUUUGGAUAAUGAUGUUUCUGUCGUCGCUGGCAACUUGUACCAUUUGGGCUCAGGACCGGCGCAAGCUGUUUUUGAUUGGUCCGGCCCUGCCCUAGCCUUUCAUACAGUUUGUGGAGGGUAUACACAUGACCUCAUCUGCAGUAAACACAUUCAUAUUGAAGUUAGUUUGUCCGGCCAUGGCCUGACCAACCGGACCGGUUUGUCCGGGCCUGA